UAGUUUUUAUGACUAAUUUGAGAUGAGAAAAAUAUUUUUCCGAACAAAUAAAAGCUUUAAUAUGAUUACAAUAUUGUUAUUAACAAAUUCUAUCACAAAGCAAAAUAUUAUGUUAUCUGUUACAUUUGCUAUUGAUGUCGAAUAGUUACGGUACCAGUGAAAUUUCUGAUGCUAUUUCCCGACAGGUGGUUUCUGAUCCUGAGGUAAAGCGUUGUUGUGUAUAGGAUCUUGUCGAGGCACCGUAAUUCCCGCCACAAAAAUCGUCCAGGUAGAUCGCCGCCAUUAUCCCCUCUUCAUUCUUUCCCACUCUCACACAAAGGACACUUUCGUGGAGGGGAAUUCAUUCCUAUUGGUAGAAAAAGGAUAGUAUACCCGUUCCGUAUCGUGUAGAGAGGGAUUCUUCCAUCUAAAGAGAGCUGACCAGAUUUCUUCAAAGGGUACGAUUUCAGUUUUCAAGGACCCAGACUCCAUUAUCAUCCUGAUGCGCGCGUGCUUACAGAUCUUUUCGAACAAAGCGUUGUUUGUUCCGUGCAUUUUUACAGACAGUUUCCGUAUUAUAUUAAAAUUUAUUCCGAUAAUCGUUCGUCGGAAUAGCUGUAUCGUUUGUGUGCAUGUAAUUAUUAAUUGUAUCUUUGAAAAAUAACUAAAUAUACGAAUAUCUUGAUGGCGUCGAGUCGACGACGCCACCGACUGUCAGCGCGUCACGCGGAUUCGGAGUGUAUUAUUCAGUGAUUUGCCGGCCUGUUGUGUGGAUUUUACAUUCUGUACUCGUAAGCUGAAAACUGUGGAUAUUUUAUUGUUGUGAAGUAAGCAAAUAAUAUUUGCACAAUGCAAAAUAAACGUAUAAGGAGUCCAACGGCAGUACAUGAAAAUGAUAAUAAAAUCCGAGCAGUGGAUCAAAUAUUUACUCCAUCAACUUAUACUACAAACGUAACCGUACCGAAUCGUGCACCGAGUUCGACAGUCAGUGGCAAAGUUCUCUUGUAUUUUGGCCCCGGGGUAAAGUCUUGGCGGAAACAAAUCGAACAGGAUGUAUCGAUCGUUAAAGCAGAUAAUCCCCAUGUACCCAAAGAUGUGGUGUACAUGUACGAAAUGCUCUCCAAACAAGGGUCUGCUCUUACUAGUAACUGUGAGAGUUUUGGUGAGCGACUGUGCCAUGUAUGGGACGAGAAGAUGGGACCCACUAAGCCCAAUGUGCGUUACGUGAGAAAUGUUUCGUCGAUAAGUCAAGUACCGUUUAGAACAUGGGGUAGAAUAUUCAUCGUGUUUGAUAAAUCGAUUGGCAGUAAAAUCGUCAUGUUGGAAGGAUGUAAAAGAUCCAAAGGUAAUAACAACGCACCUAUUGUACGUUUGGAUCUCAGUGGUAUUAAACACUAUUCAGUUUUCCCGGGUCAAAUACUUGCCGUGGAAGGUAUUAAUAUAGGGGGAAACGCUUUAGUAGCGAAAGAAUUAUUCGUCAAGGGUCAUGCAGUGUUAGCGGAUGUACCAAAAUUAUUAAAAGAUUUAAGGAUAUACGUUGCAGUUGGCCCGUUUACGCCAUCUGACAAUUUAAAUUAUCAACCAUUAUGGGAUCUUAUGGAACACGUUGUAGAAGAAGAACCGGAUAUAUUGAUACUGGUUGGCCCUUUUAUAGAAUACACCCAUCCUGAAAUUAAAAAGUGUACUUUGAGAGAUACUUAUCAAGACUUUUUUGACAAAAUUUUAGGAAAAAUCGUACAGUAUUUGCAAGGGAAAAGUACUCGUGUUAUAUUGGUAUCUUCUAAUCGUGAUGCGCAUCAUGAUGCGGUUUAUCCAACACCAGAAUUUACCAUAAAUACAAACAAAAUUGGAUCGAAUGUGGCGAAUAUUCAUUCUAUGCCAGAUCCUUGUAUAAUAAGCGUAGAAGGUUUAGAAAUUGGAAUCACUUCCGUGGAUGUUCUUAGACAACUUGGACAGCAGGAAGUAUCGAACACAUCGGGAAUGGAUAGAGUCGGUCGUUUAGCCGAUCACGUAUUAUCCCAAGCUUCCUUUUAUCCUUUGUAUCCACCUUUUAUAGGGUUGAAUCUCGAUACGACACUUUGGAAAAAAUAUGCUUGCUUUGAACGUCAACCGCACAUCAUGAUUUUACCUUCUGAUAUUAAGUACUGUUGUAAACCACUGAAUGAAUCUAUCGUUUUAAAUCCGGAACGACUGCAAAAAUAUACUUAUGCCAAAUUGUAUGUACGAGCAGUGAAUAAUGGCAAGUGGAAUCCGAACAAUGUAUCUUGUGAGAUUGUGAAAGUUUGAUAAUUUAUUAAUGUCCCUCGUUUUAUAUGAUUCUUUUAUAAAAGAAAAUUUAUUUUGUUGCAAAUACUAGAAUGUUAAAACAACAAUAAAUAGAAUACGAGUU